GUUUGCGUCACUGAUUUCAGACAUUCAGACUAAACAUACCAGCAGCGGCCAUCUUACUUCCUCAAAAAAAGAAAAAAAAAAAAAAAAACUUCAGUCCCAAAGAAAACCAGAAUCAAUCCCUGGAUACAUGGCUGACCACAUCAAGGACAGUUAUGGAGCAUUAAAUCAAGGGGCUACGACAAGCAAGCUAGACGCGGCUGUAGGGAACAGGAAACUGAAGUGAGGAGCUUCCUGUGACCCCAUCUUCUGCUGAUCCCCUUGACUCCUCCCUGAGGAGACAUGGAAAUCAAGGGGGAUGCUGGGAUUGAGGGUUUGUUGGUACCCAGCCCACAAAGUGAGGCUGUAACCCACGAAAUGGGCGAACUGACCCUGCACCCCGGCCAGAGGCUGCUUCCCCUUAACGAGCGCAAAAAUGUUCUCCAGCUGAGGCUACAGCAUAGACGCACCCGCGAGCAGCUCGUUGAUCAGGGCAUCAUGCCACCCCUGAAGAGCCCUGCGGCGUUUCACGAACAGAUCCGCAGCCUUGAGAGAGCCAGGACCGAAACUUUCCUAAAGCACAAAAUACGCAGCCGCCCAGAAAGGGCCGAGUUGGUUCGCAUGCACAUUUUACAAGAGACUGUGGCGGAGCCUUCUCUGCAGGCCACCCAGCUGAAACUGAAGAGAGCUCGAUUGGCUGAUGACUUAAAUGAAAAGAUCUCUCAACGCCCCGGCCCCAUGGACCUGGUGGAGAAGAACAUCCUACCUGUGGACUCCAGCGUCAAGGAGGCCAUCAUUGGUGAAAAUGGUCAGAUGCAGUACCCCAGAACUCUAGAGGAACCAGUAGUAGAUGAGGACAGUGGAGAUGCGUUUUCACCCGAGCAGCCAGGAAGUCAGGAGUCCCAGGGUUCUGCAGCCUCACCUGGGGAGGUCCAGAUCAUUGAGGGGUCUUCACCAGUGCCCAAUAACUUUUUACAGCACUUUCCUGCAGUCGCCACCCCUUCAACAAAUUUCUUCAAGCCUUUUUCCAGCAAUGAGCAAUCAUUUAGCCCUCCAGCACCCAUGCCACAAGUGGUCACCGUGGCCCAUGUGAAGUCUGGGCCCACCCUAGUAAAGCAGAGUCAGCCUAAGCUACCUGGGGACAAGAGCCGUAGCAAGAAGAGCAAGGAGGCCAAGCCACGUGUGAAAAAGUUGAAAUAUCAUCAGUACAUUCCCCCAGACCAGAAACAAGAACCCGACCAAGCCCCGAUGGACUCUUCAUAUGCGCGAUUACUACAACAACAGCAGCUAUUUUUGCAACUACAGAUCCUGAGCCAACAGCAACAGCAGCACUACAACUACCAGACCAUCCUUCCUGCACCUCUCAAGCCUGUGAUAGAGGGCCAAAACAGCAGUGCCACAGUCGCUAUUAACAGCGCCAGCAGCCUUCCUGCCUCAAUCGUGUUGUCUCUGCCCACAGCAACACCUGUGCGGCCCAAUAGCACCCUUUCCAACCGCAAGGCUGGCACACUACCAGCCAACCUGGAAGAGAUGAAGGUGGCAGAGCUGAAACUGGAAUUAAAGUUACGUAGUCUUCCGGUGUCAGGAACAAAAACGGACCUUAUUGAACGACUUAAGCAUUUCCAAGAAAACCCUGUCACUACUUCACCCAACAACUGCAAAAGACCUAACACGCAGCCCUGCAGCACACCUAUGGAGGUGUCCAGCACCACUACAAGCCUCUCCCCCAUCCAGCAGCCCCCUGAAAAUGUGAGCUCCACUCCGCCUGUGUCUCCUGGUACUUCAGAGCUUCAUCGCAGAGAAGACACAUCCAUGCAGGCCCAAAACCACAGUUUAACAACGGCAGCUCCUGUUCCCGAGGAGCAGGACCGGAGACUACACGAAAAGGAGCGACAGAUCAGGGAACUGCUGCGUAAACUGGAGCAGGAGCAGAAGCUGGUGGAGAAACUGAAGAUGCAGCUAGAGGUGGAGAAAAGGAGUGGACAAGUCAUUCCACCUGUAAAAACAUUUUCCAGUCCAACCACCAUGUUGGCAUCGGUCAAAACCGAAAACACUGUCCCUACCAACUGUACACAGAGUUCAAACACUACACCAACUCUGGUGAAGCUCGAGGAAGCCCACCCCAGUCAGGUGACAGCUACCCCUCUCCGUCAGUUCAUUAUCAGCCACCAAGGGGUGCCACAGGUCAUAGGGCAGCCCCAGACUCUGCUGACCAGUCCUCAUGGGGGCACUCAGAUCCUUCUUCCAAUGCCCCUGGCGAACAAUACCACUACCAUCCAGCUGCCCAACACUAAUGUCAAACUACAGCCAGUCUUGCAGGCUGUUUCUCCAUCAGGCACAGGUCUAAUUCAGACCUCCCAGCGACAGCCCACCAAAGCAGAGAGUCCUACAUCACAACAGAUGCUCAGUCACAACCACUUAGUUCAGACUCUGCCUGUGAGCUCCGCCGAGAUGUCCGGUCUCCAGCAUGGUACCAGUGAGAACCCAGGAGGCCUGGAGAUACCUCAGAGCUUCCUCAGCAGCUCCCCAGAGAACAGGAUCUCGCCUCAGACGUCCCCCCUUAUCAAUGGGCCGCUAAGCAAGACCUACAUCCAGCAGUCCCCAGUUUUCAACCAGACGCCCAAGAACAGAGAGCCGCCCCGGUAUGAGGAGGCCGUCAAACAGACCCGCAGCCUACAGAAUCACGCCGUCUCAGAGAUUCCCACAGCUACAAGUCAACAGAUGGAUGAUCUCUUUGACAUUUUAAUAGAAAGUGGAGAGAUUACUCCCUUUAGUCAACAUGACCCGUCCGUGCCUAAGAUGAUGCCCGUCACGGCCAACAUCACCACCCUGCCUAUCAACACCGCCCUGUCCCGACCGCCCGCCCAGGUGCAGAUGGCACCCCCUCCGGCGCUCAUGCUCGAACCCCUCCCCAGCCUCGCCUCCCUGGACUCCGACAACCAGUUGGAGGCUUUGCUGGAGGGCACGCUGGUUGGGGACACAGAGCCGGAGCAGAGGACUUUGGGCCUGUUGGAGGAGCUGCAAAACCAGAUGCUGGAGCAGCCAAACUCCCCAAUGGACACUUGCGAGUUGGGUUUCACCGACCCGCCUCCGCCUUCCUCCUCCGCCCUGUCCUUUAGUCUCCAAGACAACUGCCUGGACAACAUGGAGUGGCUGGACAUCACCAUGCCCGGGCCCAUAGGUGGACUCAACCCUCUGGGCAUCACCUCUGAGUUAUUGGACACUCAUGAUCUCCAGCUGCAGUGGGACUGAGAGGAAUCGCUUUAAACUUUCACUCGCACAACAAGCCGUUUGUUUUUCGGGCGUGCGGUAGGGGUCAUCUUUGUGGCAGGGGUUCACAUCUGGCAGCUUCACGUGACUAGACUGCAGCUCAGCUGUACACUUCACUUAUGCUGGUUCUGUUUUCACCAUCUGUUCUCGUUCACAUUAACGCUCUUGUUUGAUCAGGAUAGACACAAGAGCCUUGUGGGUAAUGUUGGCUGGGUCCUGAAUGUGCUCUCUUUGCUGUGCCAUACUGAGAGGGAGCGUCUUUCGGGCAGAUUGAAUUCUGCUGUAUUGCUAAAUUUUUUUUGUGUGUUUUAUAUUCAUGUGCCAUUGACAUCAGAUUGGUUGUGGUCAGUCUAUAAAUAAGGCUGUGGAUUCCAGACAUAGUGGAAUUACAGUAGAUUUUGCUUUGUUUGCACAAAAUUGAAAAUGACCUUGAUCAACAAUGCCAUUGUUAUUAACAAUGCCCCUUUUUCAGCGCUGACUGCCAGAUUUGGUAGCAGAUAUAGUACACUACCGUUAAAAAACGAGAAAUGAUUCAGCAAGGAUG